CCCUAAAGAGGCGUCCGAGCUCGGCGCAGUUCCACCAUAGUCCUGAGUCCACAGCCAAUUAGACAGAAAAGAGCGCACUUUCACCUUCACUGGGUGAAAUAGAGAGAUACAUGCACUGCAUCUGUAUAUAAACACACAAAAGACUCUAUUGUAAUGAACUGCUCACAGUUUAGUAUUUUGCUUCCGCGGGUUUUCGCUCCUCCCCAAUUCAGUCGCCUCUCUCUCGUCCACUCUCACUCCUCCAUUUCCUUCUCCACCAACUACAGGUAUUCUUAAAACUUCUCGAAGAUCUUUUCGCAGAGCUAAGGCAUCGUCCCCAAUAACUAUGGCAAAUGAUGAGGUGACAGGUGGAAGUCUUAAGCAACAACUAGCAAAGUUAUUUGAAGAAUCAUUGAGAAUAACAGUCCCUGAGGAGUUGGAUGUAGAUCCUGCAAUUGCUCCGUGCCAAAACCCCAAAUUCGGUGAUUAUCAAUGCAACAAUGCCAUGGGCUUGUGGUCAAAAGUUAAAGGGAAGAGCACCCAGUUCAAAGGUCCCCAACCAAUAGGACAGGCCAUUAUGAAAAAUCUCCCCGCAUCAGAAAUGGUUGAUUCUUGCUCAAUUGCUGGACCUGGUUUUGUAAAUGUUGUAUUGUCUCGGCAAUGGAUAGCCAAGAGCAUUCAGAAGAUGCUAGUUGAUGGUAUUGAGACGUGGGCUCCUAAGCUUCCUGUCAAGAGGGCUGUGGUUGACUUCUCCUCACCGAACAUAGCAAAAGAAAUGCAUGUUGGUCACUUGAGAUCAACCAUUAUUGGAGAUACCCUAGCCCGUAUGCUGGAAUAUUCAAAUGUGGAGGUUCUUCGCAGAAAUCAUGUUGGAGAUUGGGGGACACAGUUUGGCAUGCUAAUCGAGUACCUAUUUGAAAAGUUUCCAAGUGGAGAAGUUGCCAGUGAUCAAGCCAUUGGCGACCUGGAGACAUUCUAUAAGGCGUCGAAGCAGAGAUUUGACAGUGACCCUGCCUUCAAGGAGAGGGCCCAACGGGCGGUAGUCAGUCUGCAGGCUGGGGAGGAGAAGUAUCGGAAGGCCUGGGCUCAUAUUUGUGAAAUUAGCCGAAGAGGAUAUGAAAAGGUUUAUCAGCGGCUUGGAGUUCACUUGGAGGAAAGGGGGGAAAGCUUUUACAAUCCAUAUAUUCCUGGGGCUCUAGAGUUAUUGAGUAAAAAGGGAUUAAUUGAAGAAAGUGAAGGUGCACGUGUUAUCUUUAUUGAAGGGAAAAAUAUACCACUUAUUGUUGUAAAGAAGGAUGGUGGGUACAACUAUGCCUCAACUGAUCUUGCUGCAUUGUGGUAUCGACUAAAUGAGGAAAAGGCUGAGUGGAUUAUAUAUGUGACUGAUGUUGGCCAGCGAGAGCACUUUGAAAUGUUCUUUACUGCUGCCAAACGGGCUGGUUGGCUUCCAGCUGAGGAUAUUAAAUAUCCCAAAGCUAGCCAUGUAGGAUUUGGGCUUGUUCUUGGGGAAGAUGGAAAACGAUUCCGUACUCGCAGUACUGAGACUGUCAAACUGGUUGAUUUACUUGAUGAAGCUAAAAGUAAAUGCAAGGCUGCUCUAAUUGAAAGAGGCAAGGCUAAGGACUGGACUGAAGAGGAGCUUGAGAAAACUGCUGAAGCAGUUGGAUAUGGGGCUGUCAAAUAUGCGGAUCUGAAGAAUAAUAGAACAACCAAUUACACCUUCAGUUUUGACCAGAUGCUUAAUGACAAGGGAAAUACUGCUGUAUACUUGUUGUAUGCACAUGCUCGGAUCUGCUCAAUCAUCAGGAAAUCCGGGAAGGAUAUAGAAGAAUUGAAAAAAACUGGGACGUUAGACUUGGUUCAUCCCGAUGAACGUACGCUAGGACUUCACUUGCUUCAGUUUGCAGAGGUUGUCGAGGAGGCAUGCACUAAUCUUUUGCCAAAUGUGUUGUGUGAAUAUUUGUACAAUUUAUCGGAAGACUUCACUAGAUUUUACACAAACUGUCAGGUCGUGGGAUCAGCAGAGGAGACGAGUAGACUCUUGCUGUGUGAGGCAACAGCAGUUGUAAUGAGAAAAUGUUUCCAUUUGCUUGGAAUUACUCCUGUUUACAAAAUUUAAGCCCUCCCCAAUUUUUUGAUUUGAAACUUGUGAUUUUCCAAUCGAAAAGUUAUUUAUCAUUUUAAGGGGAACCUGACAUGCUUUGACGUUGUAAAUUAAACCCAGUAGACUCUGGAGGAUUUAUUUAUAUGAUGCAUACAUGUAACUAGAAAAGAGCUUCAGCCGGAAAGGGAAUCUGGCCUUGAAAGGCACCAUAAAAUGCAUCCAUUUGGCUGUCUUAUACAAGGAGGAAGGUGUUGAGAUUAUAAUAUUUACAAAUAUUUCAUUUUGGCUCA